AUGUCUGCUGAACAAAAUAACUUGCCGGCAGUGUCAGCUGAAAAUGCCGAAAGUCACCUUCCGCAGCAUCCUCAAACUCAAAAUUUAAACUACAAUGGUAAUAGCAAUAAUAUCAAUUACAACAACAACAACAAUUAUCCAAGAGGACAAUACCGUUCCAACUACCGUAAUAACAAACCACAUAAUCCAAACUACAGAAACCACGCGGCAGUUCCAAUCGCCCCAUACGGACAACCAAUGUACUAUCCACCACAAGCAAACUUUGCCCCAGUUCCAAUCGUGGAAAAACCAUUAAUCUCACCUGCAAAGAAACACGUUCCAAUUGUUAUAAAAACUAAGGAUGGUGCUCCAGUAACAUUCAAAUCGCAUAAGAAAACUCCUUCUGUUUCUGCAUCUACUUCUACACAAACAUCAGCAUCUUCAGCGACUGCCAUCCCUGAAUUGGCAAAAGCCGAGGCGAGUAACGAAUCUACAGAAACUCCAACACCAGUACAAAAUGAUCCAGCCCUAACUUCAGCACCUGUUGAGACAGCAGAGUCUAUUGCUGCAGCUGCAGAUAGAAAGGCAAAAGCAGCAUUCCAAUUGCAAUUUCUAGCUCAAUUAAAGGCCAGGAAGAAAGGUGCUGCUUCAGCCCACCCUGGAGAAGAGUCAUCCGAAUUGCCAAAGUCGGAAGAACCAGCUGAACAGAAGCAAGUCGAACCAGUUAAAGAACCAGAAACCAGUGUCCCUGAGAGUAAGGAAGAUGCAAAACCAGUAGAGACUACAAGUAUAGAGGAAUCAAAGCCAGUAGAAACUACAAUUAAUGAGGAAAAAACAGAAACUUCUAAAUUAACCGUGGAGGUACAACAGGAAGAACCUCAAGUUGCCUCUGAUGAUGCCCCAGAGAAACUUGAAGAGGAUGUUCCAGAACAGAAACAAGAAUCAGAGCAAGAACCAGAGCAAGAACAAGUACAAGGACAAGAAAAAGAACAAAGUGUCGAAAAAGAUCCUGAAGCAUCAGCAGAUGCAGCACCAGCACUAACUCCUGUCGAAGCCGAUGAAGACAACACCCCAACAAUGUCACACUUUUUGGAAACAAUCAAAAACGCUACACCAAUUUCAGAUCCUUACAAAUUUUCAUAUUCUGAUUCUGUCCAAGCUCCUAAUCCUGCUGCUGCUUCAUCUAAGGUUAUAAGGUAUGAUCCACCGUUCUUGAUGCAAUUUGCUAAAUUAGAAUUCAAGAGGGAUGAUCAAUGGAAAGCUGAUUUCCUCACCAAAAUUUACAUUCCGGAACGUGAAAAGUCGUCUAAAGGAAAAGAUAGCCGAUCUCGUUCUAAUGGCCCACUAAGAGGCAUCAACUUGAGAAAUGACUUUGAAGGUAGAGCUAAUUCUAGAACAGGUUCUAAGAGAAGAAAUCGUGAUGGUAAUCGUGAAAAGAGCAGAAGGGGAGAUAAAGAUGGCUCAAGAAGAUCUAGGGGUGGCAGAGGUGAAAAGUCAGAGAAAAAUGAAGAGAAACCUCAAAUUAAGCUGGCACCUGAAGAUGUUAAACCACUUGAAAAGACAGCUAAUAGAUGGGUUCCAAAGUUCCAAAGUUCGGCCGCAAAAGAAGUCAAAUAUGCACCAGAUGGUGUUACUGUUUUAUAUGAUGAUGAAGACUUAGAAAAGAAGAUCAGAUCCUCAUUAAACAAAUUAUCCUUGGAAAAGUUUGAUCCGAUUACUGACGAGUUGAUUCAAUUAGCUAACCAAUCUAAAUGGGAAACGGAUGCUAAGGCAUUAACGACUACAGUAAGGUUAACUUUUGCAAAGGCAACUGAUGAACCUCACUGGUCUGCAAUGUAUGCCAGAUUCUGUUCUAAGUUGGUUACAACAGUUGAUCCAGAGAUUUAUUCCGAAAACUACCCAAUCCCUAACGCUGAUGGAGAAAACAAGUAUUAUAAAGGUACCAAUUUGGCUUAUAGGUUGUUAGUUUCUAGAUGUCAAACUGAAUAUGAGAAAGGUUGGUCUACAGAUUUACCUGUCAAUGAAGAUGGUACUCCAAUUGAACCUGAAUUGAUGUCUGAUGAAUAUUACGAAUUAGCAGCUCAAAAGAGAAGAGGUUUAGGUUUGGUCAGAUUUAUUGGUGAAUUGUACAGAUUGAAUUUAAUCAAAUCUAACGUCAUUAUUUCUUGUAUUAGAAUGCUUACAAAUGAUAAGACAGAAGACGGAGAAGUUAAAGAAAACUAUUUGCCACAAGAAGAUACUUUGGAAACAUUGAAUCAGUUCUUACUAACUGUUGGUCAAAAACUAGAAAUCGAAGUUCCUCCUUGUGUAGAAUACGCAUUUGGUUGUAUCAAGACUUACAUUGAGAAUCCAGCAAUUGGAUCGCGUAUCAAGUACAAAUUCUUAGAUUUGAUUGACCUAAGAAAGGCAAGAUGGGCAACCGCAGAUUCCAAACUAGCGGGUCCAAAAACCAUUUCUCAAAUUCACGCUGAGUUUAACCAAAAGCAGCAAUCAAGUGAUCGUGAACGUAGCAAUAGAGGCGGACGCUCUAAAUCUUCAAACUGGGGCAAUGACAAAAUUUCAGCCAAUGAUAUUUCAAGGGUUGGUUCUAUCAGAAAGAGUGGUGACAGUGUCAGUGCAUUACGUAGGGGUGUACCAUCUUCUUCUGCAAUGAAUAACGAUUUUACCACCGUUUCAAACCAAAGAAGUAGAUCUGUCAGAGGUAACGCACAAGCUCCUCCGCUAUCCAGAUCUGCUUCCACUACCUCCAACGUAGGCUCCGCUGAUCAAGAACCAAGACAACAGAGUAACAGUUUUGCUGCGUUGAUGGAUGAUGAUGACCAUUCUGAAGAAGAAGAAGAGCAUCAACCACAACUACAACGCAACGAAACAGUAGAAGAGAAUGAGAAAGCAGCAGAAGCAGCAGAAUAA